AUGGCCCGCGUUUGGGAUGCCAUUCGAGUCCCUGGGGCGAAGGGAGAGAUCGCUGAAGCUGCGCCCACGCAGAACGUAUCUGUUACUAUGAAUCCUCCAGACAAUAUCACUGGCUUCGUCCCCAACACGAAAGCCAGGCUUCUCGACCGCUGGCUUGAUGUCGUUGUCCGCUUUGCCGGCUCCGAGCCCGUAUUCCUAUCCCUUAUGUCUGGGCUCCUCAUUUGGGCAUUCCUAGGCAUCCGGUUCGGCCACUCUGUGCAAUGGGCGGUCGUUAUCUCGAAUGUCCAGGCUAUUGUCAGCUACAUCUUCGACUCCUUCUUGAUGCGUCAGCAACUGAACGACUAUGAUCGAGACAUUCGAGCGGCAGCCAUGCUCAGAUCCCGAAUCCACAGCCAGAAGCGUAUGCUGCGCGAGAUUGUCGCAAGCAACCGCUAUAGACUGCUUACAGAGAAUGAACUGAACCAGCUGAGCCAGACUAUGGGUGACGCCAAACUCCCCACUGAGAACUGGCUAGGACGCGUCUCGACAUUCCUCUCUGCCGUCCUAGGACACAUCGUCACAGUUGGGCUUUUCUGGGUUUGCAUCUUUGUCUGGAUUGGUUUCGGCCACUCUCUGGGAUGGAGCGACCAGUGGCAGCUGUAUAUCAACUCCGCUACAUCGGCCUUGAUGCUUCUGAUCUUCGCCUUUCUUGCAAAUAUCCAAGAGCGACACGGCGCGCACAUUGAAAAAUGCCUGGACAUCCUCUUUGAAAUGGACUCUGCCGUCGAGUCUCAGCUUCGGACUAUUACCGGGGACAUUACACCAAACCCUGUUGUUACAGUUCCCGCACCCAACGUCGGCAGGCUCCAGAGGGCUAUUUUCUAUUACGCAGAUGUGGUGGGUACUCUUGUGGGAAUUGCCAUUCUGAUCACGGUGAUGGCUGCCUGGCUAGCCGUCGGCCCUGUCAUGUCCUUCAACUCAAACUGGUGGCUCCUGAUCGGCACUUAUGCUGGGUUGAUUGGGAUGAAUGACGGAUUCAUACUGGAUAACGUCCAGUCGAAACUCAAUUCGUACGUGGAAGAGGCAUUCAAGCAGGUGUAUUACGAUGACAUGGGCCUCUUUGAAGAUAUUCAUACUCAGGAACAAGCCGAAAAACAAGCGCAGAAGACAACAAUCAGCCAACGUCUAUCUGCCAGGAUGAGUCGCAUUUGCUCGCACCCAGCCACCAUCGUUAUCGGAUUUUUGUCUAUUGUCGGCCUACUCAUUGGAGCUACGGCCAUGAAAUGGACAAUGACUGGCCAGCUCCUCUGCAACGUCCCUCCGAGCAUUAUUGAGUCCUUCUUCAUGAUGGUUCUCAUCACGAGCCACAACAUGUCCGAUGACAAGCGACGAGCUGAUCUGCAAGCCAUGUAUCUGCACCGGCUUCAGUUGCUGUGCUGGGUAAAGGAAGUGAAGAUUCUGGAGGUAGAGUAG